AUGGACUGGCAGAUCACCGACGGAGGGGAGGUUCAACAAGCAAAGGAAAAAGUUCAAGAGCAAAAGUCAAGGCGUAGAAUUGGCGCUCAGUGUGUCCCACUUCAGACUUUGAUGAAGGGGAGUGGGUGCGUACGCGCCUGUACGGUUCGUCGAUCUGAAGGCUCAUCGUUGACGACUUGCUGCUAAGCUUGGCGCAGGGCAGCGCAGGCCAGGCCUCGUCUGGGCAAGCAUCACGAGGUGCAGAAUCUGGGAGAGGGAGGGGCCUUUCAAUCGCGCGCUGA